UUCAUCGACAGCCGAGCCUAUGGAUCGGCUUCUGCGGCUCAGCUUCAGUAUGAUUACGACUACGAAGAGUACUCGGACGACUCGGAGGGAUCGAUUCCAGGAAGAGGAGUGCAGUGGGUGAUCAUGGGGGAUCCACUGGCGAAGAAACAGGUUUAUGCUGAGAGGCUCUCGAAGCUUCUUCGAGUCCCUCACAUUUCUAUGGGCUCGCUUGUUCGCCAAGAGCUACACCCUCAGUCUUCUCUCUACAAACAGAUUUCAAAUGCUGUGAACCAACGGAAGCUUGUUCCAGAAGAUAUAAUUUUCGGUCUGUUGUCCAAGAGGUUGGAAGAAGGAUACUCCAAGGGUGAAACUGGGUUUAUUCUGGAUGGAAUUCCUCGUACAAGAAUGCAAGCUGAGAUCCUUGACCGAAUUGCUGAUAUUGAUUUAGUUGUGAAUUUCAAAUGCUCAGAGGAGUGCUUGUUGAAGCAUGUGAGAAAUGGAAUAUAUUCUACUGGUCAAGAAUUUCUGAGCAUGGGAUCUUCCGGUGCUGAUGUGCAAGGUGCUUGGAAAGAGAAACUUUGUAUUCAUGCAGAGCAGAGCAAACCAUUGGUAGACUACUACAGAAAACAGAAGAAGCUUCUUGACUUUCAAGUGGUUGGUGCACCCGGAGAAACGUGGCAAGGUCUCUUGGCAGCUUUACAUCUUCAGCAUAUGAAUGCCGUCAAUACUUCACAGAAGUUGACUGCAUGAUUUGUCCAAUGCGAUCUUCAAAUUUACUUCAUUUUUGUUCAGGCUCUAUAUUAAACAUACGCAACUUGAGUGUAGCAUAGUUGGCUGGAGUUUUCCACUUUGACAAAUGUCCAGCUUAAGCAUAGUUUUGAAGACUUCAUUGUUUUUCUUUUUGUUUUCGUUUUCUCUUUUCUUUUUCCCCCAUUUUUGUUUGGAAAGUGCAAUGCAUUUUUGGUGAUGCUUUGUUUGUAAUCUUGUUCCAGCAAGAAGCUGAAUGGUGGAGAAGGAUAUUGGCGAUUUUGAGCAUUAUAUGAAGUUAGCCUAUUAUUUUAUG